AUGACCAGCCUUUCAGAGCAAACACGACAAGCAAUUGAUGAGCUGACAUGCUUAAUGGAAGAGGAACAAGAGAUGCACAUGGCACUUGCUGGUUCACCUCUGGAAGAUACAACUAAUCCUAAUGAUGAUUAUGAUGACCACAAGGGAACAGUAAACAAGGAUGGAUUAUCCCACUUUAUGUCGAUUCCAAGAGAGACUCUUCCGUGCCCAAUGGAUUUGAAGGCCACAGUCAGUCCUGCAGUACAACUAGCCACCAAACCACAGAGCUCUAGGGCAAACAGUUAUGCUCACUCCUUUGCACUACUUUUUAUUCUUAUUUCAGCUAUUCCACUUUUGACAUAA